UGGUGGUGUUCUUCGUGUGCAAGGGCAGCAGUGACGGAGCGGGAGCGCCCAGCAACCGCGAGAGCUUCGACGGCGUGGCGGCGAACAGCGACUAAGAAGCAGCAGUGACGGAGCGCCCAGCAACACCAGCAGCCGCGAGUAGCUAAUAACUAAGGGGAGUAGUGUCCGAUUGAUCCAUGGUGGAAUGAAUCAGGCUAGCUUAUUUCUAAGGGACAAUUUGAUUUAUGCCUCUAGUUGUGUCCCCCUCGUCUGUUUUACCCCUAGUUUGAGAAAGUCACCGAUUCUGUCCACACCACUUUGGAAUUCUUUCGUUUUUGCCCUUCCGUCACGGCUCCGCUUGGUCAGCGCCGUUUGACCACAUACGGCGCUCCGUUUUGGACAUUUUUGCCCCUGUGUCCCCAGCCCCGAUACCCCUUCGUCCUCCUCGAGCUCUCGUGCAGAAACAAACAGAGAGUGGGAGAGCUCGUGAAGAACGGGAUCGAGAGCCGCCGUGGGAGAGGCCCGAGCGGGAGGAGAAGAUGCGGACGACAAGCUUCCCGUCGUCAAACUCCUCGACGGCGGCUGGUUCUACUGCCGUAGAGAUCGAUGGGAUGGGGAUUGUGGAGCUUGUCUCGGAGUACCAUCACCCAGACGAAUCAUUUUCCGGCUUGGAGCCUAGAUCUAAGCACCGUUGCCCUGGACAUGGCCUAGUUCCUGCUCGUCGGGUGGCUUGGGGAGGGGCUAGCACGGGCCGACGAUUUUUGGGUUGCCCUCUUCAUUUGCCAGAUGAGUGCAAGUGGGUGGUUUGGGUUGACCCUCCUCCUCCACUGUGUGUGGCCCUUGCAUUUGAAGAUCUACAUGCAGAGAUUGAACGCAGCUGGAUCAAGUCCCACAAAUUGCAGAGGGAAAAUACGGAGCUAUCAAAGAAGAACCGUGCUUUGAACAAGAAACUGAAGGAGAGAGAUGAGAUGCUCAAUGUUUGGGCAGUGUUGUUUAGUGGAAUUGUUGUAUGUGUUGUAGUUGUGGCUUUAUCAGUGUUUUCACAGAAUCAAGCCACUAAGUGAAGCAAGUAUGUUUAUUGUUGUUGUAGUGCAGGAUAUGGAUGA